GGCAAGUGUGGGCUGAGCGAGAGUCUUCAGUUCAGUCAACCCUGACCCAACCCCUAUUCUUUCAGUCUUUCAGUCGCUGGCAUCACUGGCAGGCACCAUGGAGAACGAAACCGUUGCUCAGUUUCUGAGGCCAGAGCAGUUUUUGGAGUACUUACCGGAAAAUCCAAUUAAAGAACAGUUUGCAGAAGCUUGGACUUACAUGAACAAGCACUACACAAAGUUCCAAAUCGCAACAUGGGGUUCUCUCAUCGUUCACGAGCUGGUGUAUUUUGCUGCCUGCCUGCCGGGAAUCCUGUUUCAGUUUAUGCCUUUCAUGCGCCGAUUCAAAAUCCAAGAGAAUCGACCUGAGACGUUUGAUGGCCAGUGGAAAUGUUUCAAGCUCUUGAUGUUCAAUCACUUUUGCAUUCAGCUUCCGCUGAUUGCAGGCACAUACGUCUUCACAGAGUUCUUCAACAUCCCUUAUGGCUGGGAGGAAAUGCCAACAUGGUACAACCUUGCGUUGAGAGUGUUUGGCUGUGCGGUGAUUGAGGACACUUGGCACUACUUCCUGCACUCUGCACUUCACGAUAAACGUAUCUACAAGCACAUCCACAAGGUCCACCACCACUACCAGUCUCCAUUUGGCAUGACAGCUGAGUAUGCUCAUCCUUUGGAAACUUUGAUCCUGGGCAUGGGAUUUUUCAUUGGCAUCUUGCUCUUGGCCAACCACUUGAUACUGCUCUGGGCCUGGGUCACCGUGCGUCUGUUUGAGACCAUCGACGUUCACAGCGGCUACGACAUCCCCUACCUGAACGUCUUCCACUUGAUUCCUUUCUAUGGAGGUGCCAAGUUCCACGACUUCCACCACUACAACUUCACAGGCAACUACUCCUCCACAUUCACCUGGUGGGACAAAAUCUUUGGCACUGACCGUCAGUUCAAGGAAUACUACACCAAACUGGAGGGAAAGAAGAGCAAAUCCCAGUAACUCUGUCCAUCAGGCACGGAGAGGUCACAUGACUUCCCCCUCGGCUGUUGUCUCAGCAUUAGUAAAUGGCUUGCCUUGGCCAAGCAAACGAAAGUGACAAAAAGAAGAAACAGAAGGGCUUCAUAGACUACGGACAAAUUUCCUUAUCAGUCGGUCGCACAUCAUUUUUAAAAACUUAAUUGAGUUUAAUUGCCUUUGGAUUGUGUGUAUGGGGACGGAAUCUUUUCCUUUGGUUCUCUCUAUUUCUCCCUGCUGAGCUGAGUAGAGCUCCAGGUGGAGUCGGAUGUUUCUGGGUAUGCUCUGUGGCAGGAUGGGGGAUGGGGGCCGGUCGCUUCACUCCGGACACUCGGGGGUAGACUGGUGUGAUGCUGUCAAUCUCCCCUCUUCUACGUGUCUGUUACCCUUCACGCUCUGUUGAGACAGAUGUGGUCAAGUGAUUCUGUUGUCGGGCUGUAGGUGGCUCACACAGAGCAGGGCUGUGGUUCUGUUGCUGCGAGGUAGACCACCAUUUUCUCCAUUGUGCCUGAAAGUGUCCUGCCCUCGUCAUUGGCCUGUCUUUCGUCUCAGAGUGGCCACCUCUUCAUGCUGCAGAGCCUGGGAGCGCAGUCUUUGACGAGCCGUCCUUGUGAUUUCUUCUAAAUUCUGUCAUCUUACAUCUUUUCAGGGUCGCGGCUGGACAUUUAUUUAUACCGCAGCUAUUGUACAUUGCAAAAUGACCACCUUUUUGUAUUAUUUCUUUUUCCCUUGCCCUUUGUAUUUGUUUUAUCUCCUCAUAUUUCUGUGAAUGAAAUUCUUUCAUCGUGAACUAGUGCAGGUUUGUGGACUGUUCUGUUCCAGGCUCUGUUCUAUUGAUGGAGAAAAUCAAAAAGUGGUUGUCUGUAGACCUGACAUAUGUUGUUGGAGCCAUGUUUUAUUUUUAUGUGUGACCCUCGGCUGAUAGUGUGCCCGAGACUCCAUCAGUGUGAGGAGAUCACUUCCGAGUUGUAUAAAUGCCAGAUGUUGAGGAAAGUUGUCUUGUGUUUUUCUUGAUUGAAUGUGUUGUCAGGAAAAGUGUAAGAGGAAAUGACAUUGUUUUUGUCUUACGUUGCAUGGUUGUUGACUUUUGUUGUCGUUCUAUGGAGUAUGUGUUUGUCCAGAACACUAAGUCAGGUGUGUUGUGUCUGUAUUGAGAAUUUUGCCCUGAAGGUACUUGACAUAGAGCUUUGAUUUUGAAUUGAAUGCUUAUGUACAACAGCCAGUCCUUCAACUAUUUAUUAAUGAUGUACAAUCUUUGUUUGCUACUCUCUGUGGAUUUUACUUUCAUGUUGAGGAGGAGGAAAUGGUCAUUGGUUUUGCUGAAGCCAAAGAUGAAGCGGUUGUUGUUGUUGUUGAUGGUGUUGUCGUCAGUGAGAACUGAUGCUAGAAAUCUAGAUCAAAAUUGUUAGCCCGGUGGGUUUGAGAUUAAACAGCUGGGAGGGGAGGAAGAUCCAGUUUACCAAUGUUGACUUUGCUUUUAUAUAUAUCUAUUUCUUUAUCUCUUGAUUUAGCAACUCAUAUUCCUUGGAAGAAUGUGCGAAAACUUUGUCAGUUUGUGAAUUGACAAGCAAUCUGAUAGGAACUGAAAAUUUUGUUGUUUCCUAUGCACUGUUUGCUUGAGCAGCCUUGUUUCACAAUGGGCUGGGGUUCGCACACGACAGGCGGUCUCGUGCAGAGGGAAAGUUUUUAGACUCUGAAGGUUUUGAACAUUUUCAAUGAAUUUUCUUGUGUGUCUUUUUAUCUGUCCCACCAUGGGAUGCUGCUUUAUGUCCAGAUUUUAAGUGUUGUUUCUUUUGUCAAGUGCGCGCCCCAGACUUUUAUUUUGCAAGAAUAUUCAGAGUAAGCAGAUUGUGAUAGCGAUUUAGAAUUUUUAAUCAUCUGGUCAGAGCCAAAGAGAUUUGUUGAUCUGUGAAAGCAGGUGCAGUCAGCUUUUUUUUUUUUGUCAUCUCGAUGUUUUUUACCAAAAUUGUGUUGAGAUUCAUUUUGCGUCUCUGUUUCAGGGAAGUCACACCAAAAAAAAAGCACUUAUGAUUGAGUUAUGUUUCAUUAUUUGCGGGUUGGGUUUUGUUUUGUUGUUUUUGCUUUUUGGUUUUUUUUUGUCGUUCCUGAGAUUGUUGUGGGUCACUGGGGCAGUGGUGUCAGCCAUGACAUGGUUUUGUGAAAUAAGUCGGGGAAACUGACGGGGAAGAAAACCCUUGUGUGUCUGGCCCCAGGGACCCAUCCACUCUGCACUAUUUGUAUCUCAUUUUUUAAGUUGCCAUAAACCCAGUGGCUUGUUUAGUAACAAUAUUUAAUUGUUGUUGCUACGUUUGCUCAGAUUGUUCAUGUUUUCUUUGUGUUGGUUUUAUUAUUAUGCAGGGGAGUUCACUGCAGCUGUAAAGGUUUUUUUUCUCUUUUUUUCCCCUUUCUUUUUAAAGUGUAGUGGGGGGGGGGGGGGGAUAAUGAUUAUUUUCCAAAGUUUCACUGACUUUAUUUGAUUUGUACAUGUACUUAUUUUUGGAUCUUUAUGUCAUGCUUUGUUGUUUUUUAAGUGUCUAUUGUGAGAACGGAAAAACAUUAAACAUGUGUGUAAAAACUCAA